CAUCAUGUCAGCUCCAUUCGAUUCACGGUUCCUGUCCUCAGGUUGGACCUUCAAGCAAGGCCAUCGCGGUUCAGAUUCGAAAUAUCGCUCGGCGCAAAAUGUACCGACGGAGGUCCACCUAGACCUAUUUUCCAAUAGAGAAAUACCGGAUCCUUUCAACGACCUCAACGAAUUGUCCUCGCGCUGGAUCGCCGACGAAGCGUGGACGUACCGAACCAGUUUUAACGUGGAUUCUUACCAUGAAACGUCGAAUGCCAGGACGGUCUUGGUAUUCCAAGGACUGGAUACCUUCGCUACGGUCUGGCUUAAUGAGACGAUGAUCUUGCAAUCCAACAACAUGUUCGUGGAACAUCGCGUCGACAUUAGCGAACAAGUCAAACAAGCGGGUACAAACAACAAUUUCAUCUUGGAAAUCGAGUUCGAAUCCGCCAGACAGAAGGGACUUGAAUUGAUUAAAGAGCAUAGCGAGCAUCAUUUCAUCGUGCACCAGACAGAGGUUGGGCGGGGACCGGUUCGCAAGGGGCAGUACCACUGGGGCUGGGAUUGGGGUCCCAUUUUACUUGGUUGUGGUCCCUGGAAGCCCAUUCGCCUAGAAAACUUCGAAGCCCGGAUAGAUGAUGUAUGGGUGGAAUACGAACUUUUGGACAACCUGACACAAGUUGCUGGAGAGAUCUUUGUGAAGAUUGAGGGUCAAGGAAAAGUGAUUGCCGAUCUGGCACCGGCGGAAAGCAGCGAGGUUCUCUUCCAAUGUCGCGAUUUUGAGCGGAUUUCGGAUGGAGUCUUCAGUGCAAAAUUUAGUCUGGAGAAUGUGCAUCUUUGGUGGCCUCGCAAUUACGGCCAACCAUUUCUGUACAACGCUCACGUCGGUUUGAAGUCAUCUGAGUUCCCUGAUGAGCCCGGAACAAUUCCUUUACAUCAGGUUUCCAAGUCAAUUGGAUUUCGGAAAGUGGAACUCGUGCAGGAAGCCGACAAUAACGGUACUUCGUUUUACUUCCGAAUCAAUGACGUAGACAUUUUCAGUGGGGGGAGCUGCUGGAUUCCCGCGGAUUCUUUCCUCUCGCGUGUCACUACUGGCGACUAUCGUGCCUGGAUUCAGAAAGCCGCAGAGGGUAACCAAGCUAUGGUACGUGUCUGGGGCGGAGGUAUCUACGAAUCAGAUGCCUUCUACGACGCAGCGGACGAGCUGGGCGUUCUCAUCUGGCAAGAUUUCGCUUUCGCCUGCGCAAGUUAUCCCACCUUCCAAUCUUAUCUCGAUUCUGUCGCAACCGAGGCCCGUCAAAAUGUGCGUAGGCUGCGCAAUCAUCCUAGUCUUGUCAUUUGGGCUGGGAACAAUGAGGAUUAUCAGAUUGUAGAACGAUACAAUUUGGAUUAUGACCGAGAAGACAAGGAUCCCCAGUCGUGGUUGAAAACGGACUUUCCGGCGCGUUAUAUCUAUGAACACCUACUUCCACAGAUCGUGCAGGAAGAGUCAAAGGGCGUGCCGUAUCACCCAUCAUCGCCAUUUGGCAAUGGAACCUCGACAACACUCAAAGUUGAUCCGACGGUGGGCGAUGUUCAUCAAUGGAAUGUUUGGCACGGAACUAUGGAGCCCUAUCAUCGCCUGCCUUCUAUGGGAGGACGUUUCGUCAGCGAAUUCGGCAUGGAAGCGUAUCCUCACAUUGAGACGUUGAAGAAAUGUAUCACCGACGAUAAAAACCGCUAUCCGGGCUCCAUGGCAAUGGACUUCCGGAACAAAGCAAUCGGACACGAGCGACGCCUAAUCUCUUAUGUCGCGGAAAACUUUCGAAUACGGUAUGAUUUGGAGAAUUUCACGCACCUCACUCAGCUAGUCCAAGCGGAUGCGCUGACCUGGGCUUACAAGUCCUGGCGUCGUGAAUGGGGUGUGCCUGGAGAUCGCAAAAAUGGGGGAGCUCUGGUAUGGCAGCUUAACGAUUGCUGGCCUACCAUGAGUUGGGCUGUCAUGGACUACUUUAAGAUUCCUAAACCCGGAUACUACGCGAUCAAGCGCGAGCUGCGACCCAUUACCGUCAAUGUACAGCGCAAAGUCAAUGAAUGGACCGUCAGACCGGCGGAUGCAUUAUGGCAUCGCGACACAAGCCAUAUAGACAUGCGCAAGAUUUGGGGGGAAGUCGAAUUUGAUUGUUGGGUUGCGAGUUCCCAAACGAAAAGGAUUCAGGGUUCAGUAGCGGUGCGAUACAUUUCCGUGAAGAGUGGUGAAGACGUUUUGGAAAGCUCAAGUCAUGAGGUCGAGAUCUCGGAGAAUGGCACGACUGAAGUAAUCAGGGGCAAAAGAAUUGCUGUCAUGAGUGAAAAAGAUCGCGAUACACCUUUCCAACCUUCAUUGGCCGAUCCUUUCAUUAUAUACGCUACGUUGAAGAUCGACGGCGUACAGGUUUGCUGCGAUGUAUCAUGGCCAGACCCCGUCAAGUACCUCAGCUUUCCUAAUCGUGGAGUCAAGGUCAGGUAUUCGGACGGUGAGAACAAAGCAUUUGUGACUGCAGAGAGACCUGUCAAAGGGUUCGUGUUCAGUGAAAAGACCGGCAUGACGUUGAGCGACAAUGGCUUCGAUAUAGUUCCAGGAGAUACCAGGGAAGUAAGUGCGACGCUUCAAGAAGGAAAGAUCCAAGACCUGAAGUGGAGAUACGUGGAGAUGGGAUAG